AUGGUGGGGACCCGAUCGACGCACGGCACCACUGGUGAGCAGUUGCAAAAUCUCACACAACAUCGACGGCGACCACAAAUUGAAGAGAGUGACAUGUCUAUGCCCGGCGACAAAGAAGUGACUGCUGGGUUGGUUGCUGCUCUUCAAACCAUGCAAUCCACCCUUGAAACCAUGGCGUUACGGAUGGAGCAACUUGAGCAUGUGGAGGCCAAGAUCGACAUCCCUGUAUUUGAUGGUUCCAUUGAUGCUGAGAAGCUGGACUCUGGGUUGGCUCAAAUGGAAACCUAUUUUACUCUUUAUGAGUAUCCAGGUACGGAACGUGUAGCCUUUGCUAGGUUUAAACUUACCAACCAUGCAUUGGCAUGGUGGAAUGGUAUCCUGGCAUCUCGUGAAGGACAGGGCGUCACUUGGGAGGAAUUUAAACGACUCCUGAGGUUGGAGUUUUAUCCAAUGGGAUAUUUGCAAGAUCGUUGGACAAGGUGGUAUACGUUGUGGCAGUAUAACACACAAUCAGUUCAAGAAUAUACAACCGAGUUCCGACGGCUUGCGGUUGCUUUUGGUGUAUCGAUCAACACUGAGGAACCUGUACAAAAAUUUGUGGCGGGUCUACAUUAUACGAUUCGCCAAGAGUUGCAGCUUUUUCGAGUGUUGGAUGUCUCAAGCGCAAGUACUACAGCAAUGGCUAUUGAAGCAAAGAAUAGGGGAAGCAACUACAAAAAUUCUGCAAAAUCCAAACAGAAAGUAUCAAAAUAUGAUAAAAAUCACACUUCGAAGGACUCCAAGUCAUAUCCUUCCAAGUCUGAUUUUUACUGCGAUCAUUGCAAAAUUUCUGGACACAACAAAGAUAAAUGCUGGAAGGUGCAUCCUGAAUUGAAACCCAAGCGGUUCAAGGAGCAUAAUAGAGGGAAACAGAUUAAUACGGUGAUGGCUAGAGAAAAUGAGCCUGAGAGGGUUGGCUCAAUGCAGCAGCCAGACACGGCCCUAUCCCUGAUGGCGAGAUCUGAUACUGUUAUCUCAACCGUGGAGGAGGAGCAUGCUGAAGAACUCUUCACCAUCAAGAUUCAGGAUGUUGGACAACGAGUGGACCGCCAGUGCAAGGUGAAGUUUGCCAUCACCUCUCGUUUUAUUGAUGAAGUUAUUUGUGAUGUUGUUCCACUUGAUGUUUGCCAAGUGGUUCUUGGAAGUCCAUAUUUGUGGCUCCGUGAUGGUCACUACCAUCGACGAGCACAAGAAUAUGAACUCACCAAAGACGGGAAGCAGUUUGUGAUCACUCGGGACAACAUCGCCUCUCCAACAGAUUUGAUGACAGCCGGACAAGUCAAACGAGUGGUGAAUGCAUGCCAAAAAUUUGUCUUAUUGCUUGUACGUUUAGUGCAGCCGUGUGAAAAGAAUGCCACAAUUCAUCUCAUGUACAUGCAUGAGAAAGAAGAAGGUAUGCUCACCAAAUUACUCAACUCUUAUACUGAUUUGUUUGAAGAUCCACAAGGCCUACCACCACGGUGUCCAGUUGAGCAUGAAAUUCACUUGCAAUCUGAUGCCCCUCUACCCAACCUUUCCAUGUAUCGCAAUUCGGUACUUGAGAAUGACGAAAUUAAAAGACAAGUGAUGGACCUGCUGGAGCGUGGAUUAGUGCAGCACAGCAGUUUGCCUUGUGGAUCUCCCGUGGUCUUGGUACCCAAGAAGGAUGGAGGAUGGUGCAUGUGCAUUGAUUAUAGAGCACUCAACAAGAUCACUGUCAAGAACCGUUACCCACUCCCUCGCAUCGACGACUUGCUGGACCAACUCAAAAAUGCUCGGUUCUUCACCAAACUUGAUUUAAAAUCAGGGUACCAUCAAGUUUGCAUCCGAGACGAGGACACAUGGAAGACGGCAUUUAAGACGCGUCAAGGACUCUUCGAGUGGAAGGUGAUGCCAUUCGGCCUGUGCAAUGCCCCCGCCACUUUUAUGCAUCUCAUGAAUGACGUCCUAUGUCCAUUCUUAGAUAAAUUUGUAUUAGUUUAUCUCGAUGAUAUUCUGAUAUACAGUGAAUCAUGGGAAGAUCACGAGCAACAUAUCCGUCAAGUCUUUGAGGUGUUACAACAACAUCAACUACGGCUUAAUGGAAAGAAAUGCGAAUUUGCCAAGACCUCCCUCAUCUAUCUUGGCUUCAUAGUUGGUGGUGGAACCCUCCGCAUCGAUCCAGAUAAGGUUGAUGUCAUUCUAUUGGCCGCACCUCUUCAUGCCUUGACUAAGGCACAUAGCAAGUUCGAAUGGACAGAAAAAUGUGAAGCUGCUUUCAAUCUUCUGAAACGAAAAAUAAGUGAAGCUCCACUCCUUGCAUUGCCAAAUUUACACAAGCCAUUCGAAUUAGAAACCGAUGCUUCUGGUUACGCUAUGGGAGCAGUCCUCAUGCAAGUACAAGGACCGGUGGCCUACUAUUCCGAGCUAUUCCAGGGAGCACAACUCAAUUAUUCAGCAUAUGAUAAAGAGCUUCUCGCAUUACAUCAGGCCAUUAAACAUUGGCGGUGCUAUUUGUUAGGGAAAGAAACCGUGGUACACACCGACCACCGUCCCUUACAGUAUCUCCAAUCUCAGUCAAAACUGCAGCAAGCGCGCCAUAUGAAAUGGAUGUCUUACCUCCAGCAAUUCAAUAUUGUCAUCAAGUACAAGCAGGGGAGUCAAAACAAAUUGGCAGAUAUGCUCUCUCGGCCACCACAGGCCUCUGUUUGCUUGACCGGCUUCAUGCAAAUCCAACCCAGCCAGCAUGAUGAUUACGUCCAUCUAUAUAUGCAUGAUCCAGAUUUUUGUGAGCAUUACAAAGCUGCACAAACAGGCAUAAAAUCUGAAUAUACUAUCAAGAAUCAUUUGCUGGAAAAGGACGGAAGACUGUGCAUCCCAAAAGGGGCAGAUCAUACCAUGUAG